AUGGAGGGCCUGGGACGCUCAUGCCUGUGGCUGCGCGGAGAGCUAUCGGCCCCGCGGCCACGGCCUCUGCUCCUGGACUGCCGCAGCCAUGAGCUCUACGAAGCAGCGCGCAUCAGCGGGGCUCUGAGCGUGGCGCUACCCGCGCUGCUGCUGCGCCGUCUGAGGCGUGGGAGCCUGUCUGUGCGGGCGCUGCUGCCGGGGCCACCGCUGCAGCCGCUGCCUCCCGGGCCCGUGCUGCUCUAUGACCAGGCAGGGGGCCGGCGCAAACGCGCGGACGAUGCUGCUGCCGCAGACGACGACGACGCAGACCUGGAAGAAUGGGAGAGUGACUCGGUGCUGGGCACGUUGCUGCAGAAGCUGCGCGAAGAGGGCUACCUGGCCUACUACCUGCAAGGUGGCUUCAGCAGGUUCCAGGCCGAGUGUCCGCACCUGUGUGAGACCAAGCUCGUGGGCUACAGAGGCCCAGGUGUGCUAGGGCCCAGCCCCGUGGUGGGCCUGGGCGGCCUCCGCCUGCCAUCCGACUGCGCCGAUGCUGAUUCUGAGGCUGAGCGUGACUCCAUAAGCGGUGGCCUGAAUUCCGAGGGCACCACACCACCACCUGCAGGGCUGCUGUCAUCCUAUCCAGUGCAGAUCCUACCCAACCUCUACCUGGGCAGUGCACGCGAUUCGGCCAACGUGGACAACUUGGCCAAGCUGGGCAUCCGCUACAUCCUCAAUGUCACGCCCAACCUCCCGAACGUGUUUGAGCAGAACGGUGAUUUCCGGUACAAGCAGAUCCCCAUCUCUGACCACUGGAGCCAGAACCUGUCCCAGUUCUUUCCUGAGGCUAUCGAGUUCAUCGAUGAGGCAUUGGCACAGAACUGUGGGGUGCUGGUGCACUGUCUGGCAGGUGUGAGCCGCUCUGUCACUGUCACCGUGGCCUACCUCAUGCAGAAGCUUCAGCUGUCCCUCAACGAUGCCUAUGACCUGGUGAAGCACAAGAAGUCCGACAUCUCCCCAAACUUCAACUUCAUGGGGCAGCUCCUCGACUUUGAGCGCACCCUGCGCUCCCGGGCCCGAGGCCUUGGCCAGCAGGAGUCAGCCGAAGAGGACACCCCGUCCUUCUUCACCACCCCCACUAGUGAUGGGGUAUUUGAACUUGACCCCACCUAG